UGAGGAGACAACAGCACCACAGAGAAUAGUUAUGAGGGAGAUAUCACUUUAUCUCCUGCUCAGUCAUCUCCUCAUUGCUGGCGUUGGCGCUGGCUCUACCUGUGUUCCUAUGGUGUGUCUGAACUGUAACGCCACAGGAGCAACUCGGGCAGAUCCUUGUGCCAACUGCUCAGCCAAUCCACCAUCGUGCAUCACUAAAGCUUCAGCUAUUCCAGAGAACUGCAAAAAAGACUUUCAGGUUUCCAUCAAAAGCAAUAAAUCCAAGGUAGAAGAGGGCGAAGACAUCGACCUCUCAUGCACACACAACCUUCCCAAUUUGACUCUGAAGUUUGGGUGGAAGAGGAAUGGGAAGACAGUCAAGGACGGAAUAAAUAAAACUGAGCUGUCUCUCAAAAAGGUGUUGUCAAACAAAGCAGGAAAGUACACCUGCUUUGUGGGCAGCCGGUGUGGCAUAUACGAGUCUUCGCCACAUGAUGUCACUGUAAACAACAACACUGUGGUGCUCCUGGUGAUCUGUGGUGUUUCCGCCUUGGCCCUGGUCGUGAUUUUGGGGCUGGCCAUAAAGUUCAAGCUGAAAAGAGACAACGCUAAACACAGAGACAGGGCGAGGCAGAAGGCAAAGGACGAGCAGAGCAGGGUUCCAGCUCCGUUCACACCAAGAGAGUCCUAAAAAAAAAAACAGCCGAUCACCUUCAAAACUCAUUGAUAGUGAUUCUGGGCAAAACAUGAGGUUUCUUUGGCAUCCAUGAUUUGUUCAUGUUUUCUCAGUGACCAUUUAUUUCUGGGAUUCACCAAUGUUUUAUUAUUUUU